UAUGUAUACAAACGAAAAAGAAUGACUGGACAGUUCAAAUGGGACGACCGACAUUUGCUUAUUUUUUGCAAAGCGCUAAAUAUUUGAAGGAAAGGGAGGAGAGGGACAUUUUAUCUCAUUUUACUGCACUCUUUCAAUCAUUUAUUCAUAGUUUGUUUUUCUUUUUCUUAUUAAUUUUUUAAUUCUUUUUUUAGAAAUUAAUUUUUCCGUUUGUUAACCAAAAAAGUUUAUCAAAAAGAAUGCGUGUUGUUCCUCCAGUUUCGAGUUGUUUACAAUCUUCUUUGUAUUUUUCAAAUUUUCUUCUAUGGGCUAGCGGUUUUGUACUUCUUUCAAUUUCGCUUUGGUUAUUGCUUGAUCCAGCACAGAAUUUUCAGUUGGAAUUGCUACACUUUUCGGAGAAUGCUCCUUUGCUCAAAUUUGGAAUUUAUUUAAUGGCUGGAACUGCUUUGUUGAUGCUUUUUGUAGGGUCGGUAGGGUGUGUUGGUACUGCGAAAUUGGAGCGAUUUUUGCUUGGAUCGUUUAUUCUUCUUCUGUUAAUUGCACUGCUUGCGAAACUUGGCGUUGUCAUUCUGUGCAUUUUACACCAAACAAAGUUUUCUGAUGAAAAUAUGAGCAAUUAUUUGUCUAAUAUUUCCAAAAAUCGGUACAAUAGAGACCGCUGGGUAUUGCCUGUUAUGGAUUCUGUCCAAUUUUAUCAUCAUUGCUGUGGUGGUUACAACUUUAGCGAAUAUUCUGACUCCUUUUGGUACUUGACAAAUACAGAGAGGGGAACUCGUUCUUACGUUCCCCGAUCCUGCUGCCGACAAUCACAAGAAGGCCGCGCUUGGGCCCUUCAACCUAUAGAUCCUUUGUGUAUUCAAUACUUACCAGGAAGCAGGGCAUUCAACAAUUCUGUCAAUAUUCAAGGCUGUGGCGUGCCAACAAAAAAUCAUCUUGACUGGCAGAUUGGAAUUGUUCUUUUAACUUGUGUUUUGUGUUCAUUAGUGGAUCUAUUUGCCCUUUGUUUGUCUUUAAAAUGUCUCAGCCAUGUUUGGAGCUUUUACAGCAUAAUAGACGAAUUAUAAGUGGAGAUGGAACUUUUCUCGAUUUUACAAAUUUACAAGAGUAUUUUUUAAGUAUUCCUCAAUGCCUUUAAUUUAUUUUUUAAACCUCUUACGAUCUCUUUUUGAACCUUUAUAUUUUUGAAAUAAAAUUUAUUUAAGCUUUUUAUUUUAAGGUCAAUUUAAGAAAAUGUAAAAUAUAUAAAAAUGUUUAAGAAUGAGGCAGGUGAAAAGCGUGAAAAAAACGAGAGAGCAUCUUUUUUGAUUUCUGAACAAUCAGAGAACCUCACAUUUGGAUUUUUCUGCCCAUGGAUUUCUAAAAUAAAAUAUUCAAGAUAAUAGUUUUACAGGUUUUUAUAAUUUUAAAUAAAAUUGUGAGCGGGUCUAGAAUUUUCCGUGUCAGGACAAAACACCGUCCGACAUAUUUAAGGAUUCAGAUACCAAAGUAUCGGCAUAGAAUUUAUUAUCUGAAAAAGUGGACGGUCUUUAGUUUAACGUCCGGACAGUGUUUUGCCCCACGCCUAGAAUUUUAUGGUGGGAAAAAAUUUUUAAAUAAUACCGCGCUUUUUCCACUG